GUAAUGUAAAGUUCAAAAACCUGUUUCCAGCAUUUUUCCUUUUCAACUUGUUAAUAUUUUGAAAGAGCACAACUCCAAAAAAUCUGAACCACAAAUAAAUUGUAACACAUCGAUGUAUUGUAUCGAUGUUUCUUCAGGCACUGGAGUGUGGUAUUUAGCGGCUUGCCAGUGUGGGUCACACUGUGGCCAGGUGUUUUUCCUUUAUUUGUUGGGGAUUUCAACUAAAACGCUUCCUGCCCUUUGUCGCCCUUGAUAUUAAAUAAUAAUUACUAAUAAUAAUAAACCGUCGAAAUGGUUUAUUUCAAUAUUGUGCUGGGACUUUGUACUGUUGUCGUUGCCGCAGGCAUCGCGAUCUACUAUAGCAGCCGAAAUUAUCAGUAUGCACCCCCGCACCAGAGUCAGAGACGCCGCUGUGAAGAGGAAUACGCACACAACAAUGGCGAUUGCAGGCCAAGAAAUAAAUUUGAUAAUCAGCACGGCCGCAAGAGCAAGCCCGGCGACCUCUGCCCCAUUUGCCAGGACGAAAUGCAAAGCGAUAAUAUGCAUCAAAUGCAAUGCGGACAUGCCUUGCAUAACGCCUGCUUUGAGGCAUUUCGUUAUAUUCGCCGCGAUUGUCUGUUGUGCCACCGAUCAGUCAAUCUGAGUCUGCCCGGGGAUGAUUGCACUAUAUGCCUCGAUCCACUGACCCAACAUAAUAUGCUUCAUCUGCCAUGUCAGCAUGCAAUGCAUAACGAGUGUUUGGCUCAAUACAAAGCUAGCGGAGCCACCAACUGCUCCAUAUGUCGGGCGAGUAUCUAGAUUCUAGGAAUUAGUGAUUUGAAAAAUAUCAGUACCCAAUAAGCAAUUAAAAAAUCUGCCUUAAUCCUCUUAUAAGGGGGUUCUUAUAAGUUUUUUUUUUUAAUAUUUUUUCUUUUAUAAAUAAAAUGCUGAAAAUGCCUUA